AUGGAAGUGCACUGGGGCAUGGUUAUGCCUCUCGCGAGGUCCAAGGAGAUAGAGUUGCUGAAGAGCAUCUUGGGCAAAUAUCUUCUGGUCGCAGAUAAUCUGGUGAAGUUAGAAAAAGACAAAGAUGCCAACAUUCUUGGUAUAUCUAGGCUUCAAAUGAGGAAUGAACAACUAAAUGAGGAAGUCAUAAAUCUUAAAGGGGAAGCGGCUGAGAAUGUUAUUUGGGACAGUGGCAUAUUGUGUAAUGAUGAAGUAUGGAAGUUGGAGCAGAAGAUAGAUCAUACCUUAGAUGAGAUAGUUAGACUCCAUGCUAGUAAUGAAGCCAUAGAUGCCAAAAUUAUCAAUUUUCAAAUGAAGCUAAGAUGCGUCCACUCUAAGGAUGUCAAAAUUAGUGACUCUGUUUCCGCCAGACUUUACGUCCCGAAGUCUGUUGAUUCUGAUCAGGAGCUUCCACUUCUUGUUUAUUUUCAUGGAUAUUUUCAUGGAGGAGGUUUCGUGAUCGGAACCGUCUUCUCGCCUCUUUACCAGAUUCAUCUCAACUACCUUGUGGCUCAAGCAAACAUUAUGGUGGUCUCAGUUGAUUACCGCAGAGCACCCGAGCAUCCUCUGCCAGCCGCGUAUGAGGACUCAUGGGAGGCUUUGCACUGGAUCGCUUCUCAUUCGCGAAGAAGCGGUCCAGAGCCCUGGCUUAAUGAGUAUACUGAUUUUGAAAGCUUGUUUUUUGCUGGUGACAGUGCAGGGGCUAAUAUAGCGCACAACAUGGCUAUCCGUGUUGGGACCGAAAAGCUGGAGGGCUAUAAUGUGGAAGGAAUUGUGCUGGUGCAUCCGUACUUUUGGGGACGAGAAGCGUUGAGUGGUGAGCCUGUGGAGCCUCAGAGCAGGGACUUUCUAGACAGGUUGUGGAGUUUUGUCAAGCCGAGUACUAUAGGGUUGGAUGACCCGUGGAUCGAUCCGAGUAAGGAUCCGAGUUUAUCGAGCCUCGGAUGCAAGAGAGUGAUGAUAUUUGUGGCGGGGAAAGAUGUUCUGAAGCAGAGGGGAUUGUUUUACCAAGAGGUACUGGAGAAAAGUGGUUGGGGAGGAGAAAUUGAAGUUGUUGAGACGAAAGAUGAGGAUCAUGUGUUUCAUUUGUAUAAUCCCACAACAGACAAUGCUGUGUCAUUGGUUAGGUCAAUUGCAUCUUUUGUAAAUGAGUGA